AUGUCACUGCUCAACCGACGAAUUCCACACCUACAAGCAAGCUAUCGCUUGUUAAAGAGAUAUCACUCUACCGCUUCCAACAUCAAACCAUUGCAAGGCAUCCGUGUGUUGGAGUUGGGCCAACUUAUUGCAGGUCCGUUUUGCGGAUCUAUUUUGGGAUACUAUGGUGCAGGUAAAAUCAAGGUUGAACCACCCAAAGUGGGAGACCCACUUCGUUUGUGGCGUCACGUAGAUAAGGAUGGUCAGAGCCCCUGGUUCCGCAGUCUUGGUCGAAAUAAGAAAUCGCUUUGCCUCGAUUUGCGAAGUGAAAAAGGACAAGAACUGGUUCGACGCUUAGCUGAGGAAUCCGACGUCAUGAUUGAGAACUUCAAGCCUGGAACCAUGGAAAAAUGGGGCCUUGGGCCGGAUGACUUGUACAAGGUGAAUCCGCAGUUGAUUUACACUCGGAUUUCGGGCUAUGGUCAAACAGGACCUUAUGCUAAGCGUCCAGGAUUUGCCUCUGUGUGUGAAGGCAUGGGCGGUUUUCGCUUUGUCAAUGGACAUCCGGGUCAACCUCCGGUGAGACCUAAUAUCAGUCUGGGUGAUUCGUUGGCUGGUCUCCACGCCGCAUUGGGUGUUGUUCUUGGCUUAUUUGCACGCAAUAAGUUGGCAAGUAGCGGCCAAAGACCGGGACAAGUGGUGGAUGUAGCGAUCUAUGAAAGUAUGCUGAAUAUGAUGGAAAGCAUUAUUCCUGAAUAUGAUCGCUUAGGUGAGGUCCGCCAACCUUCAGGCACCACAGUGACGGGGAUUGUGCCUACCAACACUUACCCUUGCAAGGAUGGCAAACAUGUGAUUAUUGGUGGCAACGGCGACAGUAUUUAUAAGCGUCUAAUGUUGGCGAUUGGACGGGAUGAGCUGGUCGGCGAGAAAUACCAGACCAAUGCUGAUCGAGUCAAAGCGCAAGAACUCAUUGAUGGUGCGAUUGCGGAAUGGACGUCCACCAAAACGGCUGAUGAGGUCAUUGAUAUUAUGGAAGAAGCCUCUGUGCCUUCUGGCAAAAUCUAUGACGCCAAGGAUAUUGUUGAAAAUGAGCACAUCAAUGCACGUGGCAUGAUUGAAACUGUCACUGUAGGCAGUAAAGAAGAUGGUCGUGGAUGGGAUAUAAAGAUACCGGCCAUGUCACCAGUAUUGAACACGACCCCUGGUUCCACAGAAUGGGCUGGUCCCGACCUUGGCGAGCAUAGUAAAGAUAUUUUACAAAAUGUGCUCGGUUUAACGGCAGAGAUUAUUGAGGAUUUGGCAAAAGAGGGUGUCACAAAAGUAAAAUGA